GUCCGGGUUCCUUGAACGCCUCGUGGACGCUGUUUACGUGAAGACGAGGAGUUUUAAUUAACGCAUUUAUGUAUAUCCAUAUAUAUAUAUAUAUGUUCUCCGAACUCAGCUAAUAAACCUCACGGUAUCGUUGUGGCGUCGGUGAAGCAACAAUAAGGACGUUAAUUAAAACUACGAGACAUUUAACUUAUCUUGUCUUUUAAAGUAAUCAAAUUGUGUUGAGCAACUAUUGCUUCAUCCACUUUUAUUAUAUAUAUAUUUAUUUAUUCCGAAGUCCCUGUUCUAAUUGACCGAUGGCAAGAGUCCCAGUUUCAGUGUGUACAGAGUUCACCUCUGGUGACUAGAUAAGUUUAUACUUCAAAUGUUAAAGUUACAUGAGUGUAAAAGUACACAAAAUGUGCUUCUAUAAAAGACUAAAUGCUGCAUUUGCAGUGUUAUAUUUGUAUGUGUGUUAUUACUGGAUCAUUGAUAAUAAUUCACCAAUGAGUAUUUUAUUGUAUAUUUGAAGCUAUUAUAUGAUUGGUUAAAGUAUGAUUUACAAGGACCUCUAAACCAAAGUGUUGUACUUGAGAACAUGUGCCGCCUUUCCAGCCAUGUUCCUGUAUCUCCUGGCGCUGGUGGGGGUCUACUACCUGUACCGCUGGUUCAAGGAGUGGCCCCAUGUGCCCGACAAGGGCGAUAAGUACGUGUACAUCACGGGCUGCGACAGCGGCUUCGGCAACCUCCUGGCACGCCACCUGGACGAGAAGGGCUUCAGGGUGAUCGCCGCGUGCUUCACCGAGAAGGGAGAAGAGGACCUGAGGAAGUCGUGCUCCCGCAAGCUGACCACGACGCACCUCGACGUGCGCUCCAAGGACAGCGUGGCCAAAACCACGGCGACGAUCAAGGAGAGAGUGGGGCAGAGCGGCCUGUGGGCCGUGGUGAACAACGCCGGCGUGUCCGUCCCCACGGCGCCCUGCGAUUGGCUGAACAUCGACGACUACAAGUCCAUGCUGGAGGUCAACCUCCUCGGCGUGAUCGCGGUGACGCUGAGCGUCCUGCCGCUGAUCAAGAAGGCGAGGGGCCGGGUGGUCAACGUGGCCAGCGUGUUCGGGAGGAUCAGCCCGACGGGGGGGCCGUACACCGUCUCCAAGUACGGCGUGGAGGCCUUCAACGACAGCCUCAGGUUGAAUAUGAAGCCGUUCGGGGUCAAAGUCCUCUGCAUCGAGCCGGGCUUCUUCAAAACCAAUGUCACCGACACCACGAUCCUGAGCAACAACGUGAGGACGCUGUGGGGGCGACUGCCCCAGGACCUGAAGGACGCCUACGGGAGCGAGUAUCUACAGAAGUCUUUAAAUCUAAUAUGCAACAAAGUCGCCAAGAUGAGCGACGGGGAUCUGAUGAAGGUGGUCAGCUGCAUGGAGCACGCCAUCUCCGCCGUCCGGCCGCGCACCCGCUACUCGCCGGGCUGGGACGCCAAGCUGUUCUGGCUGCCGCUGUCCUACAUGCCCACCUGCGUCAUCGACUACAUCAUGUCCAAACAAGCCAUUCCUAUUGCCCAACCGGGACAAUGAACUGUGCACGUAAGGCAAUAUAAUGAUGCCCAUAUAUUCCUGAUCAAAGAUUUGUUCCUAUACAUGUUUGUGUAGCUAUUGCUGCACAGCGCCACGGACAAAGUAUACUCGUGUGUCUGUAAACGUUCUUUUUUCUUAACACAGUGGACAUAUUCAAGGCCACCUUAUCUACAGGCAGAUAGCAGGUUCAAAUCGAUAUGGGAGGGUCAGGGAGGAGCAGCCACAUUUAGACUUGCUUACAAAGCAGUUGAGCAGGAAGUUGCUUAAAAUAUUGCAGAUGGUGAUUUACAAAAACAUUGCUGCGAGUAGAUGACGCUGCAUUAUAACUUCCCUGUCGAUUAUAUACAGAUUUGAUUUUUGCGAGAGCAGCAGACACGGGACGGAUUGUUUCCACUGGAUGGAUAAGUGCCUUAAGGAGAUUGUGGGCGGUCACAUUCCACACCAAGAAACUAUUGUGCAGCAAGACGCUUAUCAAUUCUUCCUGUAGAAAUAAACAAGCCUUGCUGUAA